AUGUCAAGUUGCAUGGUAGUUCCUCAGCCCAAGAUGUACUUCAUCAAAAGUCUCAAACGAGAAGUGACAGGGAGUGAGUUAUCUGGCAAGGCUGGGGAUGGAUCACUAUGCUUUUGUACAGUGGUGGAAUUAAAUCCGAAAUCCGCAUCUUUGCUACUAGAAUACUGUUCAGUUUGUAUGCUGAAUGAUAAUGUCGUUUGUAAAUCACCUUUGCUGAAUACUAACUCACAUAUCCGUAUACUGCUGGGUAACGCUCCUGAUAUCCUAGAAUGUGAACAUAUGCAAACACUAGGUCAACUUUCAUUCAGACAUAUAAUGGAACAUACGCUUCAUGGUUCCAGGAGUGGAGACGUGUACAAUGUCGAAUUUGGAUACUCUUCUGGUCGAGAUGAACAUACAGAUCGCUCAGAUUUUAGUUUAUUUUUACGUGUUGACUAUAUACUCACCCCACCAGUUUGUGGGCAGUAUGCAAGUUUGGACACUGCAAAGUCUGAAUCAGAUCCCAGAAGAAAUUCUACAGCAGACUGGAAUCCCGAUUUGGCUGUUCAUUGGUUAUAUAGAGCAUGGGAUCUGAAAGAACGAGGAUCAUGGUUGAUAAAUCAUCACUUAAAAUGUGUAACAUCGGGAUGUGAAAAAUCGGACAAUAAAGAUAAGUUGUGUAGACUUAUAUGGGCAUCAGCUUUCGCGUGUUAUUCAAGAGCCUUACAAUUUGCUUCGUUAUGUCAUUGGGCUGAACAAACAUGCCAAAAGUCAAUUGCUAUUUUUGGCAGUGAAAAUUUGAACACUUCAGAUUAUUUAGACUGGGAUCAUUUUAGCAUUGUUGGUUUCAAAACUUCGUAUUCCUUAGACUGUCAACCUUUACGCUUGGAGUUUAUCAUACUUUCAAAUAUUGCUUUAUGUCAGCUUAAGAUUACCUCUCAAGACAUAUGUAAAGUGUUAUUUCGCCGUGCUAAGGCUUAUUAUAACUUGGGCAAAAUGGAUGAAGCGAAAUCAGAUCUAGAAGUUUGUAUUCAACUGGGAAAGAAACAGUUGACGUCUGAGACAAGAGGAAAAGAAGGAGAAAUGAUGACGGUGUCGGAGUGGGACAAUAGUGACAGUUACAAACGAAUCAAAGCAGCUUUACAAGCUAGUGAGAAGCUAAUGAUAAAAGUAUGUGAUAGUUUAUCACGUGAACGAUCUCAAUUACUUUCUCGUUUGAGAACAAAAACCCAUGUGAAUUGA